AAAAUCAAAACUGAAAUAAAACGACCGUUGCCUUGAAAACCACUAACCAAAAAACGAUGAGAAAGUAGCCGUUGCAUUUCCAUUAGAAACCCUCUUUCUGAAUUCGACAAAGGUAUAUUUGAGAAAGGGAUAGCCCUUCCGCCCUAAAUUUCUGUUACCGGUUCAGUUUGGUGAUAUAACUCUCAACAAUCAAAGAGUAAAGCAAUUAUGGCGUCAAAAACUGCCACUAAAGACAUAAUCACUCUGCGAGGAUCAGCCGCUAUUGUCAGUGAAUUUUUCGGUUAUGCAGCAAACAGUAUUUUGUACAAUCGUGGAUUAUAUCCUGAAGAAAGUUUUGCAAGAGUUAAGAAAUACGGUCUCCCGUUGUUGCUUACUCAAGACGAGGAGGUUAAAUCCUUCAUUUCGAAUAUCACUUCUCAACUUUCUGAGUGGCUGGAAGCUGGGAAGUUGCAGAGGGUGGUGCUGGUGAUCAUGAGCAAAGCUAGUGGAGAGGUUUUAGAGAGAUGGAAUUUCAGUAUUGAGACGGAUGGAGCGGUCGUUGAGAAGGGAAUCUCGAGGGAGAAGAGUGAUAAAGAAAUUAUGAGGGAAAUUCAGGCAAUAAUGAGGCAGAUAGCUUCCAGCAUCACAUACUUGCCAUGCCUUGAUGAAACCUGUGUGUUUGAUGUUUUAGCCUACACUGAUAAAGAUUGCACAGUCCCUUUUACUUGGAUGGAGAGUGACCCUAAGCUUAUUGCUAACCCACAGAUGGUGAAACUGCACUCUUUUGAUACCAAGAUUCACAAGGUUGACACUCUGGUAUCAUACAAGAACGAUGACUGGGACGAGCCCUGAAUAAAGAUAAAAUUUGCUGCAGCUCUUGUGACUUUUGUGUUUGGCUAAAAUGGACUGCAGCUUUUGUGUUUUUCUCUCCUUGAGAUUUUUGUGGCUGAAAGAAACAAAAACCAUGGUGACUCACUCUUGUGAAUCAUUGAUUUACAAUUUGUAUUUUGUUAGCUUUAGAUAAUUGGUUAAGUGUGAAGUUUUGAGUGCAUUUUCUCCCUUCA